AUGACUCUUCCUCGUAUCUCCGUCAAUGACCCACUCAACCUCUCCUCCUUCCCCAAUCACAAUGAGAAGAUACCACCACAUGAUACAACCUUGGAGCUCAGACGGGGUGAGGGGCAUGCUCAUGUCAUCCGUGAGAUUGUACAGCGCUUGGACCUGGAAUUGUGGAUCCAGAAUCCUGCAAUCCCGCGAUACGCCCAAACGCGCUGA